CUUCCUCACUGUUCUGGCAAUCUCAGUAAUAAUGUGUGAUGGCCAAUGUGAGUUUAUCAAAAAUGAAAAACCGAACAUUUGCAUUUAUAAUGGAAAGAAAUACGCAUUGAAUUCUGAGUGGAAAACAAAAGACUGCAGGAUAUGCAAAUGUUCAUCAGACGGUGUUGGAUGUUGUAUUAGCUAUUCUAUACCGGACACCACAGACUUACCCGAUUGCAUUGCUUUCUUUGAUGAGAAGGGUUGUGUUUACAGAGUUGUAAGGAAAGAUAACCCAUGCAACAAAUGUGAAUUCAAAGUGAGAACAAUCCCUUAAUUAUUGUAAUUGUACUUCCAUGCAGAGAAUGUUUUACUUUAAUAAUUUGUUAAACCACUAAUGUCU